CUCUUUCUGAUUGCUGCAUGUGGAAUAGGCCGCCCCUGCCCGUAUACCUGCCUUACGCAUGUUUCGUUUUCCCCGGCCGCUGAGAUGAUGACCACGCAAGGCGCUGCUUGAUUGGCUGUUUUCUACAUCGAUGUCUACUAUUGGGAUUCGCUACAUCUUGCUUGCUUUGGUCGCUACUAUCUUCCCAGCUGUCGUCCAAGCCAGAACACAUUCUAUUCCUCGGCUAGAUCCCUAUGCAGACCCAAAGCACGAUGUUUACAACCCAUUACGCUACAUUGCAUCUGAUACCUUGACUGCAAUAGCCUUUUCCUUGAUUCUAGCAGUGGCGUUAUCGCAGACAUGGUGCAUGGUAAAAUGGGGAGCAAAAUACAUGUUGGCAAUGACAAUCGGUGCUUACACAUUCGCAUUUGGCAUAAGUGUUCGAUUUGGCCUACAUUUACAUCCCCAAUCGAAAGGCUUGUAUAUUGUGGAGUAUUUAUUCGUAGUUCUCUCUCCUUGUGCAUUUAUCGCUGCCGUGUAUGUGUUGCUUGGCCGUCUAGCCAGAUACAUCGAGUGCGAUAAGCACCUUCUUGUUUCUCCGCGAAAGAUCACAUUGGUUUUCGUGUCAUCCGACGUAAUGACGUUUCUCAUCCAGGCCGCAGGGGGUGGUACCACCACUGCCAAUGACCCUGAUCUCAUCAUGAUUGGGUCCAGAAUAUUCUUGGCUGGAUUAGCGCUCCAACUCGCCUCAUUUGUGGUUUUCUCUAUGAUAUACAUCAUUUUUUUAUAUCGAGUACGCUUCCACGAACCCACCGCAUGGCAAAUGGAUGCUUCUCAGAAGUGGUACGACGACUGGCGUGCUUUGGCUGCAGCGCUUUUCGUGAGCUGUAUUGGGAUCCUGGUUCGGUCCGUAUAUCGAACUGUCGAACUCUCUGAGGGGUUCGGAGGUCAUCUCUCAACAACCGAAUCAUAUUUUUAUCUAUUGGACACCCUCCCGUUGUUCGUUGCCAUUGUUGUAUAUAUGCCUUUCUGGCCGGGAAGAUUCAUCAAGCUUCGCGAUACAAAGAAGGAACAAGAAAGCGGCAUUGGCAAUGUCAACUAGCUCAAGGUAGUCCAUCUUUGUUAUGGAUAUGAUAGAAGGGGUGGAAGUUAUAAUUGUUACCGGAUAGGAUGCACGAUAAUGUAGAAUCUAGAUCUAUAGACUGCUCAAGAAUGCGAUGAGACUCGAACUGUUUUGUGUUGAGGCCUUUUGUUUUUCUUCUCUCUCUCUAUUACGGGCAAGCAUCCCCUGCAGUCCAGCUUUCUGCUUUGACCGAUUCCGUGCACUAGGACCCGUAGCCUUCACCUCGUGUACAGUCGUGGACGAAGAAGUUUGUCUUUUUGACUCUAUAGACGACUCCGCAGACGACGAAGAGUCAGCUACAUGUUGACUCGAUGUGAAUCGGGAUAGAAUUUCCGUAUUAGUGGAUAUUGAAUCUGAGGAGCGCCCCGUCCUGGACAAUGUCCGUUUCCGUUGAGGAAACAAUGAUGCAUUGUCAUUCUGCACGACUCUCCUACUCAGGUAACCGCAAUUGCCACAAAAAAUCUGCAGAAACUUGGCAUUCGUAGUCUUUGAAUUUCCCCCUUUCCGUUUCAAAUUGUAACGAACGAGCCUGGUUGUACCCUGGUUCUCGAACUGCCCAUGCCAAUGGAGAAAUGCACCACAUUUUGAACACAGGUUGGGAGGUAUGUCUGUUUCAUUGAUAUUGUUUCGCAAAUUGCGUGAAUUAUGAAGAGCCGCUAACGGUGGGGACAGAGCAAGUAGGGUUGGAAAGGUUUCACGGAAUUUUCUAGUCGAGAAGUUCUCGGAGGGUUCUUCUUCGUUAUUCAUGUUCAGCUCCUUUAUACCCAAGUUUAUACCGGGCCUAGGAUCUGAAAGUCAUUAUAUCGGGACGUUCAACAACUUCGACCGUACUAUUGAUUCCAGGGCAGCACACGAUCCAGAAAUACCUUCAAGUGCGCUUCCGAUGCACAGCUGGAUUAGGACCACAGUUACACCGCG